AUGGAAAUUAAUGUGGAUCCCCUUUCUUUUUUUGCCACGUUCUACACGGAAUUUCUAAAAGUGACACGGAAGGGGAAAAAAUGGUGUCACUAGUCAUCACAGCCACAAAGUUUUAUACCCCGUUUAUGAUUUCAGACCUAACCUAACCUCAACCCUUACCUUAACUACACUGUUAACCUUAUGUCUAACCGUAACCUUAUAGCACAUUUUUGUUUUCAUUAUUUUUUUACCGUAUACUUUGUGGCUGUGAUAACUAAUGAAAACGACAACAAAAAAUACUCACAGGAAGUCGAUUGCUAACUACGUUAGCUUUUCCGCUGGGUUUAUUCUGUCAAGCUGCUCAUAUCUGAACAACAUUUUGUGUGAGCUUCUGGACCAAAUGACAGCGACUCCGUUGACUGCAAUUGUUUUAUCUCGCCGCAUGCAGUUCAAUCGCUAAAUGAUGGGAGAGAGAGUGUGUGUAAUGGUGGUGUGAUCCUGUGUGUCUCUGUGCCAUGGAGAAGCCGUGGAGGCUGUGGGGCUCGGUGGAGCGCUGUGCCCUGGCCUUGGCCUCCUGGUCCUGGGGUGCCUGUCGCAUCUCCCUCCUGGCCCUCAUCCUCACCUUCCACCUCUACGGAGGCUUCUUUCUCCUGGCUCUCAUCCUGGCCUCAGUGGCCGCCAUCCUCUACAAGUUCCAGGAUGUGCUGCUCUACUUCCCCGACCAGCCCUCCUCCUCCCGGCUCUAUGUGGCCAUGCCAACAGGCAUCCCCCAUGAGAACGUCUACAUCCGCACCAAGGACGGCGUGCGCCUCAACCUUAUCCUGCUCCGCUACACCGGCGGAGACAGCCUUGAUAACCCCGGGGUCGCCCCCGUCAACGAAUCUAACCCUGCCUCCACGGCCCCGCCCACAAUCCUUUAUUUCCACGGCAACGCAGGCAACAUCGGGCACCGUGUGCCCAACGCUCUGCUGAUGCUGGUGAACCUGAAGGCCAACGUGGUGCUGGUGGACUACCGGGGGUAUGGGAAGAGCGAGGGCGAGCCCAGUGAGGACGGCCUGUACCUGGACGCCCAGGCCACGCUGGACUAUGUGAUGACCCGGCCUGACCUGGACAAGACCAAGGUGAUGGUGUUUGGCCGCUCUCUAGGUGGUGCAGUGGCGGUUCGCCUGGCCUCGGCCAACCCUCACCGCGUGGUGGCCAUCGUGGUGGAGAACACCUUCCUCAGCAUCCCCCACAUGGCCGCCACACUCUUCUCCUUCCUGCCCAUGAGGCUGCUGCCCCUGUGGUUCUACCGGAACCAGUUCCUGUCCUACAGACAGGUGGCGCUGUGCCGGAUGCCCUCGCUGUUCGUGUCGGGCCUGUCAGACCAGCUCAUCCCGCCCGUCAUGAUGAAGCAACUUUACGAGCUGUCGCCGGCACGGACUAAACGUCUGGCCAUCUUCUCUGAGGGCACGCACAACGACACAUGGCAGUGCCAGGGCUACUUCGCCGCACUGGAACAGUUUGUCAAGGACCUGAUGAAUAGCCACACCCGCGAGGAGAGCGUCCAGUCCACAGCCAGUGUCACAAUCAUCUAGUGUAGAGAGAGGAAGAGUCUAGAGAAAACCCUACAAUCAUCUAGUCUAGAGAGAAGAAGAGUCUAGAGAAAACCCUACAAUCAUCUAGUCUAGAGAGAAGAAGAGUCUAGAGAAAACCCUACAGUCCAUACUCCCUACGUACGUGUGUAGAUCCAAAACCAUUGAAUAGGUGUAAUAAGCAGCAAUAUGGCUCAGGAAAUGUGAAGCCAACCACUGCCAUAUUGCUUAUACCUAUCUAGUUGUUUCUGAUCUACUUGAAGUGUCUAUGGUAGGGUAGCAGUAACUAGGCUGAGCUACUAGGGUCAGGUUGGAGAGAAUGUUCAUUUCUACACUUUUGUUUUGGUUUCAUCAUGAUCUUUUUCCAUAGUAACUGUACCAUAUCAAACAAUUGGGGAGUACUUUAGGUGUGGGGGGUGUUUGGGGUUAAUGGAAGGGCAAUUAACAUGGAAAUGUCUUCAUAAGUCUAUUUGUGUGUGAAAUAUGACUGCAGUGGGUGGACAUGUACUUGUUAUGGCCUUUUUUUUAAUCAUUUACAAACCAUACACAACUUUGAUCAUCCUGUCAAACACAACCACACUUUUAAAAACACUUUUAAAAAGAAAAUAAACUACAGGAGGCAAAGCUGCACCUGAACUGCCAGAACUCAAUGACAAUGUUUAGCUGACAUAAUAGCAUUUCAGUAAAUCAAUAAGACAUUUCUGACUAAUAUGAUAGUGUUUCAGUAAUUCAAUCAAUUAAAAAGUUUGUUUAUUUUAAUUGUGUAAUCUGUUAUUUCAUGACACGCUGUUUAAAGUUAUAUGCGUGAGGAUCUUAUAGGCAUCAUAGUGUCCUUAUAGAUUCAUAUUCUACUUUUUACAGAAAAUCCUGUUCAUAUCAGCCGAGAGAGAGACAAUAUGAUACAGCCCAUAAGGCACUAUGUAUAUGGCACUCUGAAAAGGAGCAUGCACAACCUGAAUGUUUCACUGAAUGUUUCACUCCCAAACUAUUUUGUUGUUGUAAAUGGCCAGAUGAUAUUCCAAUGUUGCAUAAAUCCCAUUCUACACUGUAUAUUCUCUGAUAAUAAAUGUAAACGCCUAUGUGGAUGGAGCUGUGGUCAACUCUUUGCAUAGUUUACCCGGUUGCCAACACCAGGGCUUUCAGACGGAUGUGACCAUUAGAUUGUUGCUGAUAGAACUGUAUUAUAAAGAACCGACAUAUGUUCUGAACUUUGACAUGCAAGGCUUGUCUGUCUGUACAAUACAUUUUUAUCUGCAUUGUUCUGAAUUCUGCACACUAUUAAAAACCAGAAGACCCUCACCCAAAUACCAUGGCCUGGGAAAAACCUAGCUCUGUUAGCUUCCUGUGAAAGUGAAGGACACUUUGUGGGAUAGAGUGUGUGUUAUGUAUGUGAGGGUUACAUUUUCAUCUCUGUGUUUGUACCAUGAGACUUGUGUUACUAAGUUGUAUUAUUUGUGUUAUUCUAUUCUUCUCAACGUAAUUGUUCCGUCAAGUAGGCUUAGUGUCUCAUUUCACCCCAUGGCUUUACCUGCUUGGAGUGCUUUUAAUGAGCUAAUGAACCUUUCCUGCAUGUCUUCCAGGGACUGGAGCUGAGGUGGACAAACUCUAACCCUGCUGGGUCGUGAUCAUUAACACAUAACAGGGAGGGAAUACUUGUCCAAUAAGAAAUGCUCAAUUUUGUUUUUUAGUUACAAAAUCUAUUGCUACAUUGUGCGCUAAUUGGGGUGGCACAUUUUGGGAAAUAUUCAGAGGUGGAAACGUGCUGUGGGAAUUAACGGAAAUAUAUACAAAUGAAUAUUAAUACCACUUUUAAAUGUAUGUUUUUUGCAUUGGAUGUAUUUACCAUAUAUGGAGACAAACAUAAACAUCAUAUGUAGACAUAAUUGCAAAUGAUUACAUCCUUCUAAUAGAAAUCAUUUAAAAAAUUGUUUACGAAUUUAAUUUCAAUGAAGUGUUGACUCUUCACAUGGGAUGAUUUCACUGAACAACAAAAGAAAGGGAAUAUUGAAUGAUCCAUCUUAUCUCAGAAAAAUGUUUUCAACAUACAACUGUGAAAUUAUAGUGUAGAAACUAAAGCUUUGGUUGUCUUCCUCUCAGGCUUCCAUGUCUCCUCCCUGGACCUCCUCAAUGUCCACCUCUUGAACAUCUGACUCUGGGGCCUCAUCUUCACUGUCACUUUCCAACCUUGUUGAGGAUGGCUUAUUGUCAGGCUCAAAAAGCCUCAAAUUUGCCCGAAUGGCCACCAAUGUUUCAACUCUUGUUCUGGUCAGCCUGUUGUGUGCUUUGGUUGUGUUCACAAACAAGGACCAGUUGUGCUCUGAGGCUGGGAUUUGGUGGGAUUUGGAGGAUGAUGGAGGCAAUGGGAAAGAACCUCAGAUCCACAAAGUCCCUUUGCACCAGGUGGCUGAUGGGAUAUGUUGGCACUACUGUCAUAUUGUAUCUCCAUCCCAAAGACUGUCUAACAUGAUGACAACACCACCCCAACUGGUGUUGCUGGGCAGCUUCAAUGUGGUGCUCUUAUUCUUCUCACUUUGCUUGGUGAGGUAGAUUGCUGCUAUAACUUGAUGACCCUUCACAUACUUAACCAUUUCCUUGGUUUUCGUGUAGUGUAUCCAUUGUUUACAGUGCCAUGAUGUCCUUGAGGAACAGAUUCAAUGCAUGAGCAGCACAGCCAAUGGGUGUGAUGUGAGGGUACAACUCCUCUACUUUAGACCAAGCAGCCUUCAUGUUCGCAGCAUUGUCUGUCACCAGUGCAAAUACCUUCUGUUGGCCAAGGUUAUUGAUGACUGUCUUCAGCUCAUCUACAAUGUAGAGACCGGUGUCUCUGUUUUCCCUUGUAUCUGUGCUCUUUUAGAAUACUGGUUGAGGGGUGGAGAUGAUGUAGUUAAUUAUUCCUUGCCCACAAACAUUUGACCACCCAUCAGAAAAGACUGGAAACAGCAGAAUUUUUAUGGAAUAUCUACAUAGGCGUACAGUCUCAUUAUCAGCAACCGUCAUUCCAAUGGCAUGUUGUGUUAGUUAUUCCAAAUGUAUCAUUUUAUAAAGCUAAUUGAUCAUUAGAAAACCCUUUUGUUAGCACAGCUGAAAACUGUUGUACUGAUUAAAGAAGCAAUAAAACUGGCCUUCUUUAAACUAGUUGAGUAUCUGGAGCAUCAGCAUUUGUGGGUUUGAUUACAGGCUCAAAAUGUCCAGAUUCAAAUAACUUUCUUCUGAAACUCGUCAGUCUUUUCUUGUUCUGAGAAAAGAAGGCUAUUCCACGUGAGAAAUUGCUAAGAAACUGAAGAUCUCCUACUCCCUUCACAGAACAGCGCAGCCUGGCGCUUACCAGAAUAGAAAGAGGAGUGGGAGGCCCCGGUACACAACUGAGCAAGAGGACAAGUACAUUAGAGUGGCUAGUUUGAGAAACACGCCUCACAAGUCCUCAACUGGCUGCUUCAUUAAAUAGUACCCACAAACACCAGUCUCAACUUCAACAGUGAAGAGGCGACUCUGGAAUGCUGGCCUUCUAGGCAGAGUUCCUCUGUCCAGUGUCUGUGUUCUUUUGCCCAUCUUAAUCUUUUAUUUUUAUUGGCAAGUCUGAGAUAUGGCUUUUUCUUUGCAACUCUGCCUAGAAUUCCAGCAUCCCGGAGUCGCCUUUUCACUGAUGAUGUUGAGACGGGUGUUUUGCUGGUACUAUUUAAUGAAGCUGCCAGUUGAGGACUUCUGAGGCGUGUGUUGGUCUUCAACCAGGUCCGGAGGGCCGCACUGAAAAUGUGUUCUAUUUCCUCGCCGUCAAAAUUUGCAAAGAAUAGUCCCUCUAUCCAUCGUUUCUGGAAUUUUGCAAUUCAAUUCCUGACUUGACUGAAUUGGUCCUCACUCCCACCAGAGCUGUUGGAGUGAUACAUGUGGGACAUGUUGCUGCUAGAGUCUGGCCACCGACCUGGUCCGACCAAGUCCUAUUGUGAAAUAAAUGUUAUAUUGAACUCAAAGCAAUUACAAUUCUACAUAAUGUUGCAUUAGCAUUGUGUAAAAUAUUAUUUCUAAGGAUAUCAAAUCAAAUUGUAUUUGUCACAUGCGCCGAAUACAACAGGUGUAGGUAGACCUUACAGUGAAAUGGAAUGAAAGCUGGCGUUGAUAUGCAGGAGAGAAUAUUAACAUGCUGAUACACUGAUUUGUUGAAGGACUAAACAUGCGAUGAUGAUGAUGGGUGUUCUCUGAGCUGGAGGCUUAUGGGUAUUGUAGUUGAGAGCUCUGUACCCUCAUGAACUGAACUUAAAUUGUGCAUCCAUUCUGUUUAGGAAAACAACCACUGCAGUCAUUUUACUACUCUAGUGUUGAUGUGUUAGAAAAGAAGACUGAAUAUAAAAACACUAAGUACACAAUCUAAUUUUCUGUUCUUUGUACAGUAACAUGCAAUAACUGAAUAAACCCAAAGUUCUUAUAAUCUC